UGAUCUGCGCUGAUUGCUGCUCCAGCAAUUUCAGCUCUUGGGUUCAUCAAUUUGGUAAUUUAUAUUGUAAUUAACUUCCACAUUAAUUUGUUUUUAAUUAACUUACAUUCAAUAUUACAAAUUUGUUGUAUCCUUGUCAGUCAAAUUUAUCAAAUUAAAAUCACGUGAAGACAAUUGUUUUUUGAAGCUAAAAAACUUCAUUUCCAGCUAACUGACUACGUUUGGCUUACUGUUUACGAUUUUUCAGCUGUAAUUGUGUUUUUUUCUGUGACUGUCACCUCUUCUCUUCAUCAGUGCAUCAUCAGCCUACACCUUACAUUGUUUUCAGAAAUUAUCUCAAAUUCAUCGGAAAAACAGUUUUUUACAUUUAAGUACUAAAAACCAUUUCCGUCUCAAUUCAUCAUAACAAGUUUUUUUGCUUACAAUUAUUAUACUUAUCGAUGUUUCUGCUUCUUGCACCAUACAAAUCUUCACCUUUACAAUUGUCUGCAUACGACCGGUCAAGUUGAACAUUGGUACAAGUAGAUAUAAACGGAUCAAAGGACACAAAUACAAGUAAUGAUGUCGUUUUUGAAAGCUGAUGGAAGCUGAUAAAAUUUUAUGUUCAGUUUUAGGUUUAAUCAAUUCUUACCGAUAAAGAUGGAAUUACACGCAUUACCUUGAAAGUUUCUCAUCCUUUCAACAUGGUUCUGAUGAUUUUGUUUGAUAUGGAUUCAACUUUAACAUUUUAUAUGCAAGUUACAAAAGCAGUUGAAUUAUCAAAUUGAAUACAAAUUAGGAGAAGUACAUGCAUUUGGGAAAAAUGUAAACAUCAAGUCAGCAACAAUGUUAUCAUUGAGGACAAAAAGAACGUACCAUUCGACUUGAUUGGUAGCUUUAAUGGAUCAAUCAUCUGCUUUUUUCUUUAAGUGAAGUAGAAAUUGAAAAUCUUAUGAUCAACAAUUUGAGGAGAGAAGAAAACAAUUACGAAGAAAUUCAAUGAUUAUAACAAGUACCUAAAAAUAUUUUUUUGUGUUGGAAACUUGUUCAGAAAGAAGGACAUUGGAUGCCACUCCUACGAAAGUAGUCUCAAGUCAAUUGAUGUAAUAUUGGAAUUUAUUGGCAAUUUUUGACAGUUUGCUUACCUGCUGAUCACACAAUUGGUUCCGCCAACUUUCAACAUCCUCUUCAUCUUCAUCUAGAUCGGAUCCCUCCCUUUUUGUGUUACUUGUAUCUUUUUCAACACUUAGUUAACCUGAAUUUUAUACACUGAAUCGCCAGUCUCAUUGAAUAUUUUUUAGUAAGUUUUGUAUUUAUUGUUGUGAAUAACGGUGUCUACCAAUGAGUUCAAUAUUAGGAAAAUAUGAUGUUAAUCCUUUACUUGAAGAGGAAAGAUGUAAAGCUACAUUUAAUAUUGAAAAAUUGACAUAUUUUUUGGAAGGUGAUCAAGAGAAAACGGAACGACGUCGAGAAUUGGAGAAGAAAUUUUAUGAAGAUGAAUUUCCAAAUGAUUUAAUUAAAGUACCUGUUGAUUAUUUAAGUCACUCUGAGAUAUAUACGGAAGCUUUAAUAAAAGCAGCUCGGAUAUAUUUUGAAGCAUUUAAUUUGGAGGAUCCUCGUGAAGUAUUAGGAAUAGCUGAUGCUUAUCAUUAUGAAGCUUCACCAUUACUUUUACAUUUUGCUAUGUUUAUACCAGCUUUAAUGGGACAUUGUAAUGAUGAGCAACAAGCACGAUGGCUUCCUGAUGCAAUUGAAUUGAAAAUAAUUGGAACUUAUGCUCAAACUGAAUUGGGACAUGGAAGUUACCUUAAAGGAUUACAAACUGAAGCAAUUUAUAAUGAUAAAGAGAAAACAUUUACACUUAAUUCACCAACAUUGGAAUCAAUAAAAUGGUGGCCUGGAGGAUUAGGUAAAACAGCAAAUCAUGCUAUUGUACAAGCUCAAUUGUUUGUUGAUGGUGUUCAUCGAGGUCUUCAUCCUUUUAUGGUACAAAUCCGUGAUUUGGAAACACAUAAACCUUUACCUGGAAUUGAAGUUGGUGAACUUGGACCAAAACUUGGUUUUAAAGCAGCCGAUAAUGGUUAUCUUAAAUUGUCAUCAGUUGUUAUUCCAAAGAGUAAUAUGUUAAUGAAGAAUGCCUAUAUUGAUGAUAAUGGACGUUAUCAAGCUAAAAAAGCAACAGAUAAAUUAAACCUUGGAACCAUGUUAUUUGUUCGAGUUCUUAUAAUUGACAUGAUGUCAUUUAAUAUUUCUAAAGCAGUGACCAUUGCUACACGAUAUUCAGCUGUUCGUAAACAAGGUAUUAAUCCUGAUUCGAAAAAUGGUGUGACAAGUGAAUUGAAAAUAAUUGAUUAUGCUGCUCAAAGGUACAAAUUGAUUCCUUGUAUUGCUUUAUCUCAUGCAUGUAAAGCAGUUUUCAUAUCUUUGAUGUCAGCCUUCAAGGAUGUCAAUGAAAGUAUGUCUAAAAGAUCAGAUUAUCGUUCAAUCCCUUUACUUCAUGCAAUGUCUUCUGGUUUGAAAGCAUUAACAACAGACCUUGGUGCAUCGGCUGUAGAGAUAUGUCGUCGAGCUUGUGGCGGUAAUGGAUUUCUAUUGGCUUCUGGAUUACCUCGUAUAUUUGGUAAUACGGUUGCUGCUUGUACCUAUGAAGGUGAAAAUACGAUACUUUACUUACAAACAGCUCGUUAUUUAUACAAAACUGUUCGUUUGGUAUCAAAUCAUGGAUCAUCUUCAAUGGAGUCUAAUACUAAAGUCACUUUAAAUUUAAAAGAAAGGUCUAACAAUAAUAAUAGUAAUGGUGAUAGUAAUUAUAAUAGCAGCAGUAACACCAGUAGCAAAAGUAGUAAUAAUAAUUAUGAUGAUAAUAAUAGAGAAACAUCUCAGUCUAUUGGAUAUCUUUAUCGUGUUACUAGACCUGAUAUUGGUAAUUUAGGGAAACGUGAAGGAAAAAUAGUUAGUGAUGUUGAUGGACUUUUACGAUUAUUUUCUGCAUCAGCAUAUUAUCAUUGUCAUUUUGCUUUUGAUCAAGUUGAUUGUAGGAUGAGAGUACAAGGACAAUCUUUUGAGAAAGCUUGGAUUGAAUGUCAAGUUGAUUUAAUUAAAGCAGCAAAAAGUCAUUUAAUAUAUUAUAUGAUGAUAAAAUAUUGGGAAUGGGUUUCAUCUGGAGAAAAGUAUGAUUUAAAUAUAUCUCAAGUAUUGAAAAGAUUGGCAUAUUUUUAUUUUGGUUUCAUUAUUAAUGAAAAUAAAGGUGAUUUCCUUGCUGUUGGUUUAGAUUUAACAUCAAUUGAACAAAUACAAGAUGAAUUAUCAACAUUAAUGGUAGAACUACGAAAUGAUAUGAUUCCUUUGGUUGAUGCAUUUGAUUUACAUGAUAUGGUUCUCAUGUCAGCUAUCGGUUGUAAAGAUGGCAAUGUUUAUGAUCGUCUUUUUAAUUUGGCAAAGAAAGCUCCUCUUAAUCAAGUUGAUCCAAAUCCAUCAUUUAUCAAGUAUAUCAAGGAUUUAACUAAAUCAAAGCUUUAAAAUAUGAUUAUAAUCACAAAUUAUACAUUAGUCAUCGAAACUCAAAAUGAUUUCCAGGGAUAAUCAAAUUUUCACCACCUUCGAACCACCAACACUAAGGAUAUCUUCACCUCUUUCACUGCUAGCUGAUACUGAAACACAUUCAUGAUAGCUGUCUAACCCAAUCAAAGCCUUAUAACAUGGUAUAGCCGUAAAUCAUUCAUCUAUUAAUCCGUCCAAUUCUAAUCAAGUUAAUUUCUAAAAAAAGUCCAUUAAUUUCUCUGUCAAUCCAUCCAUCUAUCUUUUUUGCAUGUUGCUAUAUUUUUAGAUAUGUUAAUUUAUAUUCAUCAAAUGAUUAUAUUAAUUAUCAUUAUUAUCGAUUAAUAAAACAAAAAAUUAUUUUUAAAGUGAAUGAACUUUUCAAAUAAAAAGGAGGUAAUAAUUUAAGGUUGAUCAAUUUU